AUGGGGACUUUUACAACACGACAUCAGGACGGGUCAUUCUACCAACAGGAUGUGAACAUGAUGGAAACAGAGCUCCUAGAAGACUUCCUGUUUCCAGGAAAUGCGGAGGACAGUAACAAGGCUGAAGCAGAACUGGGUGCUGACGACGAAGAUAUCUUCAAUACAUUCAUCAAUACAGAUGUGAUCCAACCACAACCAAACUAUACACUUCAGACGCGGCAGUACGACUUAGAGGCACUGAAUUCUUCAUCCGCGCUACAAAUCCAAGCUCCAAAUAACAUCGCAUCGGCAGACAUAAGCAAGGCUGACGCGGUAGUAGUCGACAACAUUACGCCAAACCUAUUGGAUCGAAUGGAGGUUGGGAUGGCUUCUAUAAAAAAGAAGUCAGUUUCUCCGUUAGAUGAACUCCCACUUUACGUAUCGGCUUCCCAAAGCUACAGCCAUGAGUGCGAAAAAAUGGUUGAUCAUCAGUUAGUUUUUGGAAGGUCAAAGCCAAUUCAAACCGUCUAUCUAAACCCUAGCGAUUUCUUGAGUGUUCCUGAAGAAUCUUUACCUUUUAAAUUGAAGGUAACAGGAAUGCCACCAACAUCUCGUGUGGAAACUCAGAUUAAGUUGGAUAUUUCCAUUUCUCCUGCCCCUAAGGAGUAUAUCAUUCAUUUGCCUACCGAUUGCAUAACUAAACAGAAGUGUUACUUACAGGAUGAUGUCACCAACUAUCCCAAAGAAAUUCAAGAUCAAAUGCUUUAUUUAGAAAGUUUUUUGAUAUGUGCGUCCAACAAUAAGUCUACCUACGUUUGUAGCCGCUGUGUAAAAAGAGAACAGCGAAGGGCGUCGAGGAGAAAAUCCGGCUUGAGCGACAACAUGCUUUGGUGUAACAACGAAAAUCGAAGAGCCGUUGUUUUCAAUAGCAAACAAGUCUUUGUCAUUAAGGAUACCAACUGUGGUAAGGAUUCAAAGUCAUUUGAACUAUCUGCUAGAAUUGUAUGCUACUGUAGACAUCACAAGGAACCAGAAGGCUUUAAGCUAUUAUUUGUUCUUAGAGACUCUAAAAAUAACACCUUGGGCAAGGCUAUAACAAGCUCAAUCAUGAUAAUGGAUAAAAAGCCUAAUAGAGAUCAUUCAGUUAGUAUCAAUGGACACGACUCUGCCACAGAAUCUGCCAAACAUACUGAUGGGUCCAAGAGCGAACAGAGCGAUGUUCCCCAUGUUACUUCCACUAGUGAUUUGAGCGGACCUGAACAGUUGAAGCCACAGAUUGAUGAAAACCACGUUAAUUUGUCAGUAAAAAGUGGACCCAUGCUUUCACCUACUUCAAUUGGAGAGGAAAGUUCAGAACCCCACACAACGGAUACGAACAGCCAUGCACCUCCCACUAGCUCUAUCGCUUCGUCCUCAGCGGCAGUGGCAAGAUCAUCGGGCUAUAAAAGGAAAAGGACAUGGAAUGAGGGACCACACGCAUCAUAUUUCAUUCCCGACAGUACGAGAUCUUUGUCAAUUUCUCGACCAGAUAGGUCUUUGUCAGCAUCAUCAUCUAGUGCUUCAAUCUCAGUUUUAGAUACCCCUGCCCUUCAGACGGCGCAGUCAAUUUCACAAUUUAUUUCUCCACAAUCAAACGCUUUGCAAGGUGUCGCUAAUUUCGAGGACUCAUCUCUCCAGAACAAGCCCACUAUCCAUCGUGUGAUCCCUUCACAGGGACCUGUGAAAGGAGGUAUAGAAGUUACACUACUGGGCUCUAAUUUCAAAUCCGGAAUGAUCGUUAAAUUUGGAGAAAACCGGGCUCUUUCAACACAGUGUUGGUCAGAUUCAACAUUAGUCACGUAUUUACCUCCAUCAUCUACUGCUGGCCAAGUGCUUGUGAGUGUAUUCGAUAAAGAUGAUGUCCAAGAAACUAAAAUCAGUCAAAUGACGAAUAGCAAGGCUAUAUUUACUUACGUCGAUGAUACGGACAGGCAACUGAUAGAAUUGGCGUUGCAAAUAGUGGGGUUGAAGAUGAAUGGUAAACUUGAGGACGCAAGAAAUAUUGCCAAGCGUAUUGUUGGAAGUGAUGGAGGAUCAUCCAAUGGCCCUACUCCAUCCAAUGCUCCUCAGAACAGUUUUGAAAAUGGUUCUAGCCAAGUUUUAUUUUCUGAUGAGAUAUUGCUUUUAAGGGUCGUGAAACUGCUAAAUUCGAGUUCUAAUUUGUCAAUGUGUGAUGAGGAAGGUCAAACGAUGCUACAUUUGUCAUGCUUAAAGGGCUACUACCACUUAGCAUCUACCUUAAUCAAAAAGGGAGCUAGAGUUGAUGCGAAGGACUCAUUUGGAUUCUCCCCUCUUCAUUUUGCGUGCUUGAACGGUGAUGCGAGAAUAAUCCGCUUGUUAGUUCAGUGCAAAGCUUCUCUAGGCUCCAUGGCACUCAAUGAAAUAAUUCCAAGAGAUCUUUUUAUUGCCAAUCAUGACACAGAAGAUGAAAGGUAUGAAGACUAUUUGAAUGAGGUCUUGGAAAUUCUGGAUCCAGAUUACACCAGUGAUAAUGAUUUAUCAUAUUCUAUGGGCAGAAAAAUGUCGGAUAGUAGCUUUCAAUCAAGUAUUUUUGACGUCGAAUCGUUGAACUCUCUGGACAGUAACGUCCAAGUUCACAUUUCCAAAAUGGUAGAGGACACUCUAUCAGAUGACUAUGACGAUGACUUAGACGACUAUGAGGAAGAUGGCGAUGAGGGACUAUUACAAGAUGACGAUUCUGAAUGUGAGAAUAGUCAUGCUUCGCGUCCUUUGCUUGCGGCACGCGAAAAUGCCAUUAAUGAAGAUGAAACGUCAAUUUGGAAUCGCAUGCUAAGUGCAUUUAAUGAUGAAUUACCGAAGUACGAGGAUCUUUUCCCAAGCGCUGGCAAAGAAAAGGUGAUCGGAUCAUUGCAAAGAACGGUAGCACAUGAAACAAUACCCAACAGACCUGCCCUAGGUGAAGAAUCUCAAACGUCUUCUGAGGACGAAGAAGAUGCCUUGCAGGCCCGUUUGAAUAGAUUUUUCCAACAGCGUCAAAAUUUUAAGAACGAUAAAAUGCUAUUAUUCUUCUGGCUGCCAUUAACCAUAAUUUUACUAUCCUCUUUCUUGAUAUUUGAGUUCGGUCAAGAUGGUAACCGCAUACAUCAUCUAUCCGAAGCCGUUUCUGAAUAUCUGAGGGUCGGCUUGGCCAAGAUAAUGCUAGGAAACGAAAGAGUGAAGGGUGCUUUCAAGGAAUCUCUACACAAUUUGCAAACAGGCAUAGCAGUUGGCGAUGGUCAAAGUGUUUGA